GCGGGAAUUUUGUAAACAAAAAAAUAAUAAAUAACAGCUGACAUGGAUUCAUUUGAAAUAGAUGUUUUCAAGAAAAGUAUUGAGACUGUAAUUACGUCUGAAAAUGGAGAGUGUGUUGUCCAAGAUGUCAUGCUAACUUACAUAAAAAAUAAUUCAUCAGAUUUCCCAAAUCUCAGAAUUUUGAAAGAUUUGCUUCCAAUUCAUUUUCCCGUCAUUGUUGCGCACAAGCCUUUCAAUAAAAAUCCUGUCAAACCAGAACAGAGUACUUUCUUUGAAGACACUAUCUACAAAGAGAAACCUACGAAAAAGCCAUCUUAUGGUGAUGUAGAAGGGUCACCUCUUAAACUCCAAACAUAUGCAGAUUUUUCAGCCUUUGAUGUCAGUUCUUUUGACUGUACCACACCGAAGUCUGAUGUCACCAUAGACCCUGAAGACUUGAAGUUUGGAAUUCCCUUAAAAGUAGCUAGGAAGUUGACGAAUAUUUUUAAUAGGGUAGUAAGUUCUUCAAUCCAGAAUGUACCGUCAUCAAAUUGCAGCCUAUAUCAUGCUUUUCUUUGUUUUUGUGACGGCAGUGACAGAAAGAGAACUGGAUGUGUAUACACUCAAAAAUUGUAUUCUGAAAACAAGGAAUAUAUUGGACUAAAAUCAUCCAUUAUCAAGAUAGUUGAUCCAGUUCAGAAUAAUGCACACCUGCCAAGUUUGAAGAAAGAUGAUUUUUCCAGAUGUCAAGUUACAUGCAAAGCUACAUAUGACAUUUUAAAUGAUACAAGAGAGGAAAAUCAGCUUGAUAUUAAAGACAAUUACAGAUACAGAGGAUCAUUGAUGUUGGAUGUAUCCUGGUCAAGAUUAGUCCCCAAUCUUGAUUUGUUGCAACCACCACCACCAGAGGCCACAACCACAAUUAAAGCCAAUGUAAUACCUGGAAGUAUGAAAAGUGCAGCUCAUUCACUUUACCAAGAAUUGUCUGUGUUAAGAAAUCUUAUAGAAGGUUUACAGUCCUCACAGAUCACCUGGAUUCCAGAGGAAGAGAGAAAGGUUCAUAUAAUGAAAUCUAUUAAGGAGUUAUUUGAUAAAUUGAAACAAGGAGAUGCUUAUUCGAAAGAAUCAGACAAACAGUCUACCAACACUGACAGUGAUCUAACUGAAGUUACCAGUAAGUUUGUACUGAAUGAAAGAGAUAAUUUUGACUUUACAGAUUACCUAUGGAAGAUACUCUCCAACUGCACAUCAUAUCAAGAGCUCAUUGAUCCCUUUAGGUAUAUAUUUACAGCAUUAAGUAACGGAGAAUUACAACCCAUGGUACAUAGAGGUAACAACACUAUGGUAGCUCAACUGGUGCGUGAUUCAUUCUCAGGAAAGUUACGUAUCCCAAACCUGGCUGGGCUAUAUCCUGUAGAGCUUCUUGUAGAAAUAGGAAUUGAAAAGUUACGACAGGAUUACACUUAUGCGUUCUUGUCCAAGGAUCUGGCUACCCGUGAAAAUCUAGAGCCAUUUUUAAAAUCGGACAGUGAUUUCAGUACACAGCUUGUCCAGCUUGAGAAGAUGCACUCUGUCAUUGAAAUGAUUGCAAUGUUUCAGUUCUUUUUACAGAUCCCUCUUUCAAGUCUCAGUGCCAUAGCAAGAGAAAUGAUUCACUAUUAUGAAAGGAAUCAAAUUUCGAAUCAACAUAUUUUCAAAUUCAUUGUUCCUACAAUUUCUGUUAUCAAAGAUCUUGAAGGUUGCCCACCGUCAACCUGGCAGCUUGCAUCAACGAAGCUAGUAGAAAACAUGAAAGAAACAAUGACCUAUUUACUGACCUCAGACCCACCUUUCAAACAUUUACCUGUAAAUGACACAAAUAUGAAUAUGAAAGAAGAUGUGAAUGAAAAUGACACAAAAAUUGAUGAUACAGUUUGUGCUGAGAAAAUGAAAAGACCUUACUUCCUGGUGAACAAAUUAGAAUGUGUCAGUGUGUUGAUUUAACUUUACAAUACAUAAUAUUUUUAUAAUUAGACUAUUUUUAUUCUGGGAUGUAUAUUACUAUGUAUAUUUAUUUAUUAUAGCUACAUUUCAUUGUAGUUGUAUUUAAGGCAAACAGGGGUCAUAUUUAUAGAAGUAUAAAAAAAGAUAACUUCUUAAACUAAACAUAAUUAAACAGGACAUACACUGAAUGUAAGCAUGCACCUCUCAUUUUAACUUUUUUCAUAAAAUUUACUCCAACAAGUGAAAAAACAUAAAAGCCUAGAACUUAACCUUCUGCUGUUUUAAUCUAAAAUCAAAGUUCAAUCUGUUGGGUUUAUACAACACGCAUAAUAAUGAUAUGAGCAAGUAGAUGUUGUGCAGGUACAUAACAUCAUCGAACAUUAAUUAGGGAAAGGCACAUAAUACUUUUCAGAGAUCACUCCCUUGGUAAGAAUAGCAUCAAGUUCAUUUGUAUCCAAAAAAUAAUUGGAAUAUAGAAUAUUUCUUUGAAAUUAAAUGAUUUUAAUUAGCCUGACAAAGUAGAAAUUGUUAAGAUAAAUUGUAAGAAAACAUUCAGUGAAAAUUAAGAUAUUGGCUUCUUUCUUCUACAGUCAACUGAUAGUACAAUGUAUAAAGUUUACAAUCCAAAUGGGAAACAAGUAAUGAUGAUAUGAUCAAUGGAGUAUGUACAUGUAUGUAAUGUACACUUGAUUUUUUUAUUCCCUCGUCGUAGGCAACGGGGGCAUUAAGUAUUACUCUUGACCUUCCGUUGGUCCCAUUAUGUUUCCGCACUCUAACUUAACAUUUCCUCAUCCAAAUUUUAUGAAACUCAUACACAAUGCUAAGAACCAAAAACUCGCAGACAGAGUGUAAAUUUGGGCAGUGAGUCACUUACCGUUCUACAGUUAUGGCCCUUUAUAACUUAGAAAAUUGCAAUUUUUUCGUUUCCGCACUCUUACUUCUGUUUUCCUCAUCCAAAUUUUAUGAAACUCAUACACAUUGCUAAGAACCACAACCCACAGACAGAGUUUAGAUUUUACAGUAUGUCAUUUACCGUUCUAGAGUUAUGCCCCUUUAUAACUUAGAAGUUUGUCUCAUCCAAAUUUUAUGAAUCUCAUACACAAUGCUAAGAACCACAGCACGUAGACAGAGUUCAAAUUUGGGCAGUGGGUCGUUUAACGUUCUAGAUUUAAGCCCAUAAUCAUGUCCGACACAUUCUUCUUUUUUUUUCCAUUUAAAUUAGCAGCUUGUAAUCACUACAUUUUUGAGGUGGUAAAAGAUAUUCACUUCAAAAGAAAAAUCGUCACAUUUUCAUUAUUGUUCAGAGUUUUCAGCCUUCAUUUGAAGAGUCUAUUUUUGUCCAUUCUUCAAAAAUCGCAAUAAUAAAUGCACACACUAUAUAUAUUAUUAUUUGAUCAAAACAUGUUCACGAGACUGCCUAUUGGACUGACAGACUAGAAUACAGUAUGCCUCCUAUUAUCCUAUGCAGAUGGUAAAUAUAUUCAAUCAGCUGAUUAAAAGAAAUAAAAGAGAUAAAUUUAACUAAGAAUUUUUCAUCUGUUUGUAUAAGAUAUUUAUUUCAACUUGUUAUUCUAAACUGAAAUGCUAUCUAUAUAUAAGGGUCUGGAUGGGGGGUCCUUCAAUUCUUUUUUCUUUAAUCUUUUAGACCAUUUUUCUCUAUUCUUUAUAUCUCAGCACCCCAUUAUUUUCUAUUCUUUAUUUAUUUGGCAUAUUUUUCUCUAUUUUUUAAAUUUGUUGCCCUUUAUUCUGUACUUUUUACCCAUUAUUCUCUAUUAUUUAAACCCCACCCUGACCCUCAUAUAUGGUGUAAUCCUGCUACUUAACAUAACAUGAUAUCCUGCCACAUUGUUCUUUUACAUAAGAUCCUUUUUAUUAGCUCACCUGUCCCAAAGGGCCAAGUGAGCUUUUCUCAUCACUUGGCGUCCCUCGUUGUUGUCGUCCGUCGUCGUUAACUUUUACAAAAAUCUUCUACUCUUAAACUACUUGGCCACAAUCAUCAUUGGGGUAUCUAGUUUAAAAAAUGUGUCCGGUGACCCGGCCAACCAACCAAGAUGGCCACUAUGGUUAAAAAUAGAACAUACAUUGUAGGGGUAAAAUGUAGAUUUUGGCUUAUAUCUCUGAAACCAAAGCAUUUAGAGCAAAUCUGACAUGGUAAAAUUGUUUAUCAGGUCAAGAUCUAUCUGCCCUGAAAUUUUCAGAUGAAUCUGACAACCUGUUGUUGGGUUGCUGCCCCUGAAUUGGUAAUUUUAAGGAAAUUUUGCCGUUUUUGGUUAUUAUCUUGAAGAUUAUUAUAGAUAGAGAUAAACUGUAAACAGCAAUAAUGUUCAGCAAAGUAAGAUCUACAAAUGAGUCAACAUGACCAAAAUGGUCAGUUGACCCCUUAAGGAGUUAUUGCCCUUUAUAGUCAAUUUUUAACCAUUUUUCAUAAAUUUUUGUGGUCUUUUACAAAAAUCUUCUCCUCUGAAACUACUAAGACAAAUUUAACCAAACUUGUCCACAAUCAUCAUUGGGGUAUCUAGUUUAAUAAAUGUGUUCGAUGACCCCGCCCGCGAACCAAGAUGGCGGACAUGGCUAAAAAAUAAUACAUAGGGUAAAAUGUUUUUGGCUCAUAUCUCUGAAACCAAAGCAUUUAGAGCAAAUCUGACAAGGACAAAAUUGUUCAUUAGGUCAAGAUCUAUCUGCCCUGAAAUUUUCAGACCAAUCAGGCAACACGUUGGGUUGCUGCCCCUGAAUUGGUAAUUUUAAGAAAAUUUUGCAGCUUUUGGUUAUUAUCUUGAAUAUUAUUAUAGAUAGAGAUAAACUGUAAACAGCAAUAAUAUACAGCAAAGUAAGAUUUACAAAUAAGUCAACAUGACCAAAAUUGUCAAUUGACCCCUUAAGGAGUUAUUGCCCUUUAUAGUCAAUUUUUUACAAUUUUCAUAAAUGUUGUAAAUUUUUGUAAAUUUUUACAAAAUAUUUUCCACUGUAACUACUGGGCCAAGUUCAUUAUAGAUAGAGAUAAUUGUAAGCAGCAAGAAU